AUGUUGAAAGGAAUUUUAGCGCUUUGCGCAGUGGCUGCCCAUGUAGCAGUCGUAGCCGCCCUUGACUUCACCGGCGCACAGUGGAUAUGGAUCCCAGGACGCGCUGCCGAUGGUGUUACCUACCCUCCAGGCAAUGCCACUUUCCGUCGUGAUUACUACCCACCUGCUGGAAAAACCCCUCUCUCUGCCAACAUCCUCGUCACCGUCGACAACGCCUUUACCUUCUGGGUCAACGGCAACAAGAUUGGGACCGGCGAUGACUUCAGAAAUGCUCACCGUUAUUGUGUGCCGCUGGUUGCAGACUGCAAUGUGUUUGCCAUCGAAGGCCAGAAUGUCCCCACCGGCACAGCAUCCAACGCAGGCAACGCUGCUGGUGCCAUUGCUGCUAUUCAAGUCCGCUAUACCGACGGAUACACCGAGACCAUCGUUACCGACAGCGAGUGGCACGCUAUCGCAGGAGCACCUGCAGGCUUCGAACAAGUCGCAUACGAUGACAGCAAAUGGCCCGCUCCAUUCGUUCAAGGCCCCUUGACCACCGGGCCUUGGAAUAAACCCCCCUAUGUUAUCAACAUCCCUCCCGAGACCCAAGAUCCUGGCCCAGACCUCACAACCGCUACAUGGAUUUGGACGAACGAAGUUGAUAGCGCCGGAGAUGCGCCUGUGGGUGCUCGCGCAUUCCGCAAGGUAGUCACUCUCCCUCCCGGCCAGUUAGCAGACACCAUCACCAUGGAUAUUUUUGCCGAUAACGAAUACACGCUUUACAUCAACGGCCGAGUUGUAGGUUCUGGACGCAACUACGUACCGGGCACGAAUACUGUCCCAAUAGCUCAGCGAUACCAGGUCGACUUUGAACCGAGCAAUACUAUUACCAUCGCCGUCUAUGCCCACAAUGACAAUGGCCCGGCUUCUGUUAUAGCUUCAGGUCAAAUCAAGGGUUGUGGGUGUGGUUGCGGCACAACUGCAUUUGUGAGCACGGACUCCAGCUGGAGGUACAGCACCGAGGUUCCCAGUCCUGCUGGAUUCAUUGAACCUGGAUUUGAUGAUUCAAAGUGGAGUCAGGCAAUAAGCGAAGGAGUGUAUGGAGGCGGGUCUUGGGGCAAUAUUGCACUACCCAAUGGUAACACUGCUCAGAAUGGGCCCAUCAGUGAUCUGGGUGCUCCCGAUGCUCCUCCAGCAAGUGUUGUUUCCUAA